CUAUCUGCGCAUGGCCUCAUUGGCUUGCUGCACGCCAAACGCACCCGCUGGCCUGCUAAUGAUGCCAACUCUCUCGGGGCCCCAUUUUCGCUCUUGGAACUAGGAGCAGCAGCGCUGGGAAAACGUACAAGAGUGGAGCCCAGCUGACUUUUCGCGAGUGAAUGCAUUUCGAUAACUUUUCCGAAGUCUUCGACGUACAUUCGAGCAGUGGUAGGAUGUCGUUGUCCUCUGUAAGCUUUGGCGCAGGCACCGAGUUUCCCGGCGUUGCUCUUGUGACCGGUGCCGCCGGCAGCGGCAUUGGCGCCGCUGUUGCGAAGGCCUUCGUCAACGCAGGAUGCAAGUGUCUUGCCAUCACGGACAUCAACAAGGAAAAGCUUGAGCGCACCCGAGAAGAGCUCAUCCAGCUCAACGGCGACGUCGUCGUCCUCACCGCGGCCGGCGAUGUCGCCGACGAGCGCUUCGUCAACGCCUUUGUCAACUCGGUCGUCGCUGAGACCGGGAGGAUAGACUACGCCGUCAACUGCGCCGGCAUCCUGGGCAACAACCAGUCGUCGACCAACACCUCGCUGCCCGAGUUCGACCGCAUCAACGACAUCAACUACCGUGGAAUGUGGCUCUGCUCUCGCGCGGAGCUGCGGGCGAUGCUCAACCAAGAGCCCUUGCCGGAUCCGUUUGCGGACCCGAGGAGACCCCCGACCAGGGCGGCGAUCGUGAACAUCGCCAGCCAGCUGGGUAUCGUCGGACGACCCCGCUGCACUGCUUAUUCGGCAAGCAAAGCCGCCGUCAUAGCCAUGACGCGAGGAGACGCAAUCGACUAUGCGGAGCACGGCAUUCGCAUCAAUUGCAUAUGCCCUGGCAUUAUCGACACGCCAAUGACCACCAGCGACCCUCGAGUGGCCAAUAUGCUACGAGCGAGCGUUUCCAUUGCGCCCAUGAACCGAAUGGGCAGGCCGGAGGAGGUGGCCGACGCGGCCCUGUUCUUGUGUUCGCAGAAAGCGAGUUUUAUCCAAGGAACUAGUCUGGUUGUCGAUGGUGGCUACGUGCUUAAUUGAUGUGUUGGAGAUGUAAUUACGCAUGAAUUGGAGUUGGCGUGUAGCUUGGGCGCAAGAUACGCUCUAUCUAGUGUACAAACUUGGCGACUUUUUGGCAGACUUUAACGGAAGACGAGUCUAAAUAUAUGAAAUUGAUACAAGAUCUCUUAGACGCCCCGCUAUGCUUG